UCCAUGUCCAUAUGUUAGGAAUAAUGAAAAAAUUGUCUAAUGUAGGCUGUCACAAAAUAUCAUUAACAAAUUUCGCUAAAAAAUAUGUUCAGCUCCAUUUUUUAUAACUUGAGUGAACGCCAUCACUGGAAAGACCGUAGAGCAACUCAGCAAAGGCAUUGAAUACAGCACGCUCUGUUUUACCUUUUUUUGGUUUGCAAAAUUUCCACCGUCACGCCACGUAUCCACCAUCUUUGAUAGCCAUUAUCAUCAUUUUUCUCAUCAAUUUCAAGAUCCCCUUUUCGUGUAAACAAUCACAGCUGCAUAUUAAUGUUCAUCUUGGCUUCCAUUUUAGCAAAAUCAGCCCGCCAUUGAGAUAGACGCGUUAUGUUGUAAAAAAUUUAUAGAAGUCGUGUAUUAUUUGGCAGCGUUAAAAAAGCUAAAUCGACAGUUCUCGAAAAGGGUUGGUGGUUUUAUUAGCAGUUACGCCACUACUUUAAUGAUUUGAGGGGAUAGUAAAAUGGAAAAGGGAGAGAGAGUUGCUGAAAACGGCGGCGUUUGCUUGACGGUAGCAGGAAACGGUGGGGAGGACGUGUACAGCUCCAAAGAAUCCGAUGCCGUCUCCGCCGAUCAUCUAGUUGUUAUGGUCCACGGGAUUCUUGGGAGUGCAUUGGAUUGGAAAUUUGGUGCGGAAAAAUUUGUCCAGAGGCUUCCUGAUAAAGUUUACGUUCACUGUAGUGAAAGGAAUGCAGCAAAAUUGACAUUGGAUGGUGUUGAUGUUAUGGGCGAGCGACUGGCUGAGGAGGUCCUUGAAGUAAUCAAAAGAAAGCCUUCUCUGAAGAAAAUAUCUUUCAUCGCGCAUUCUGUUGGAGGGCUCGUGGCAAGAUAUGCAAUCGGGAAGUUAUAUAAACCUCCUAAUAAAGAAAGUGGACAAGAAGUCUCACCCAACGUUUGUACUGAAGAAGAGUCGAAGGGUACAAUAGCAAAUCUUGAACCCAUAAACUUUAUUACUGUUGCUACGCCACACCUUGGUUCUAGGGGAAAUAAGCAGGUGCCUUUUCUUUUUGGGGUAACUGCUAUCGAGAAAGUUGCUGGUCAUGUUAUUCAUUGGAUAUUCCGAAGAACGGGCAGACACCUUUUUCUUACUGACGAUGAAGGAAAGCCUCCGUUGCUCAAGCGCAUGUUAGAAGAUAAUGAAGAAUGCUGUUUUAUGUCAGCUUUACGAUCUUUCCAGCGCAGGGUAGCUUAUUCGAAUGUUGGCUAUGACCUCCUAACAAAGAAUGGUUCAGAUAUUGUCGGUUGGAGGACAUCAUCAAUCAGACGCAACAGUGAACUGCCAAAGUGGGAGAAUUCAGUUCAUGAAAAAUAUCCCCACAUAGUGUUUGAAGAGCGGUGCAAGGCUUAUGACAAGGGUCAACAGAUCGAGUCUGUGGUCAAAGACAAUGCUCCAGAUGAUGAGCUGGAAGAGGAACUAGUGAAUGGCCUUUCUCGUGUGUCGUGGGAAAAAGUCGAUGUGAGCUUCCAUAGUAGCAGGCUCAAGUUUGCCGCGCACAGCAUUAUCCAGGUUUCGUAUAUCUAACGUGCAUUCGGAUGGUGCAGAUGUUAUAGAACAUAUGAUUGAUCAUUUUCUUCUAUAGGAUGGCUUAUAUUGUAACAGUUGACGAUUGAGAAUUUAUUUAAAUUUUAUGCCAUCUCAUGAUUUUAUUAUUAUUCACCGUGAGAAAAC